AUGGCGUCUAGCUCCAACCCCUCCAACACCAUUAAGGCUCCAAUCUCCGGUCCUAAUGUCCACACAGUGGUUGCGAGGUUCCGGCCUCAAAACAAGGUCGAGCUUGCGUCCGGAGGACAGCCCAUCGUCGAGUUCGAGAAUGAGGAGACAUGUGCUAUAAAUUCAAAAGAGGCCGCCGGGUCUUUCACCUUUGAUCGUGUAUUUCCGAUGGACUCAAAGCAAAACGAUGUCUUCAACUACUCGAUUGCGCCAACCGUGGACGAUAUUCUGAAUGGAUACAACGGAACCGUCUUUGCUUAUGGUCAAACCGGUGCAGGAAAGUCGUAUACGAUGAUGGGGUCCGACAUUGACGAUGAGGUGGGCAAGGGUAUCAUUCCACGUAUCGUCGAGCACAUCUUCGCAAGCAUUCUUACGAGUCCGAGCAAUAUCGAAUACACCGUCCGGGUCAGCUACAUGGAAAUUUAUAUGGAGCGCAUUCGGGAUCUCUUGGUACCUCAGAACGACAAUUUGCCCGUGCACGAAGAGAAGUCGAGAGGUGUCUACGUCAAGGGCCUUCUUGAGGUCUACGUUUCCAGCGUACAGGAGGUCUACGAGGUUAUGCGACGCGGUGGAAACUCAAGAGCGGUUGCUGCGACCAACAUGAACCAGGAAUCGUCUCGGUCACAUUCCAUCUUCGUCAUUACGGUCACCCAGAAGAACCUAGAAACUGGCUCUGCGAAGAGUGGUCAGUUAUUCUUAGUUGAUUUGGCAGGCAGUGAAAAGGUCGGCAAAACUGGUGCUAGCGGUCAGACACUCGAGGAAGCGAAGAAGAUUAACAAGAGUUUGAGUGCUCUCGGAAUGGUUAUCAACGCGCUCACGGAUGGAAAGUCGACUCACAUCCCAUACCGCGACUCCAAACUUACACGAAUCUUGCAAGAAAGUUUGGGAGGUAACUCCAGAACGACCCUGAUUAUCAACUGUUCUCCCAGCAGCUACAACGACGCGGAAACCGUCUCAACCCUACGUUUUGGUGUACGAGCAAAGGCAAUCAAGAAUAAGGCGAAGGUCAAUGCCGAAUUAAGUCCGGCCGAGUUGAAACAAUUGCUCCGCCGAGCCCAAAGCCAAGUGACCAACUUUGAGAGCUAUAUCUCAGCACUGGAAUCCGAAGUUACCGUUUGGCGAAGUGGUGAGGCUGUCCCUAAAGACAGAUGGACCCCGUCCCGAAGCGCCGAGGCCGUAGGGGCCGCAAAGGCUGAGGCUCGUGGUCCGCGACCAAGCACUCCCUCUCGCCUACAUGACGUCUCUCGGUCAGAAACUCCGCGACCGGAUUCCCGCAUGGGCGACCGCUCUAGUACGCCUAGCAUUGUUCUUGAGAAAGAUGAGAGGGAGGAAUUUCUCAGGCGUGAGAAUGAACUUCAGGACCAGGUUGCGGAGAAGGAAUCUCAGAUUGCAACCAUUGAAAGGGGCCUGCGUGAGGCAAGGGACGAGCUGAGAAGCCUCAAAGAGAACUCUGCACGAUCUGGCAAGGACAACGACAAGCUCAACACUGAAGUUAAUGAGCUCCGGAUGCACCUCGAGAAAGUGUCCUACGAAAGCAAGGAAGCUGCUAUUACUAUGGAUAGCCUUCGGGAAGCCAACUCAGAGUUGACCGCAGAGCUAGACGAAGUGAAGCAACAACUCCUCGACGUACGAAUGAAGGCGAAGGAGACUACAGCAGCUCUCGACGAAAAAGAAAAGAAGAAGGCCGAGAAGAUGGCUAAAAUGAUGGCCGGCUUUGAUCUCGGCGGUGAGGUCUUCUCUGACAACGAGCGGAAGCUUCAGGAUCUUAUUGCGCGUGUCGAUUCCUUGCAUCAAGUCAGUGAAGCUGGGGAGGCAAUCGCACCAGACGACCUUCUAGAACUCCGAGCCAGUCUACUAGAGACGCAAGGAUUUAUUCGACAGGCGGAACUCACCAUGAACGACCGAAGUGAACUUAACGUGCUGCAGGACAGCCGCAGAAUGGAACUGGAGCAGAAGCUGGCUAAUCUCGAGCAGGACUAUGAGAGUCUUCUGGCCCGCAACCUUGGAGAAGAGGAUUUGGCGGAAAUUAAGGAACGACUAGAGAAGGUGUACAUCACCAGAAAGGAUGUUGAGUUGGCGGCCGCUUCGGAACUGCAGCAAGAACUGACACGCAAGGAUGAGGAGCUCACCAAGCUGCAGCAAUCCCUUGCUGAUUCGCAAUCACGAGGGCCCGCCAACGGUGCUGCCAGCAAGAGCCUGCAGCAGCAGAUUGCCGAGUUUGAUGCGAUGAAGAAGUCCUUGAUGCGCGACUUGCAGAACCGUUGCGAGCGAGUCGUCGAGCUGGAGAUUUCACUCGACGACGCUCGAGAACAGUACAACAACGUACUUCGCUCGUCCAACAACCGCGCUCAGCAGAAGAAGAUGGCAUUCCUAGAACGCAACCUCGAGCAACUUACCCACGUCCAGCGACAGCUAGUGGAGCAAAACAGCAGCCUCAAGAAAGAGGUCGCCAUCGCAGAGCGCAAGCUCAUCGCCAGAAACGAGCGGAUAUCAAGCUUGGAAGCCCUGCUCCAGGAGAGUCAGGAGAAACUCACCCAAGCCAACCAUCGGUACGCCUACACCCCUUCCUCCUCCCAGGAAAAUCCCUAUCAGGAAACCCACUCCCCUUUCCAUGGACCCCCUACUCAGAGAAGCCACAACGUACUGAUGUCAACUCCCAACAACAGCUUCGAAGCUCAACUUACAGCCGUCAAGGAGCGCCUUGAGGCUGCCAAGCAAGGCUCAACGAAAGGUCUUCCAAGCAUGGACAGCAACGGCGGCUUCAGCUUCGCCGGCUCAAGAAUCGCUAAACCCCUCCGUGGCGGCGGCGGCGGCAACGAGCCUGUCGCGGCCGUUCAGUCGCAGGAUACAGGCAACAAGCGCACAAGUUGGUUUUUUGAUAGACGAUGA